AUGCGGCCGGGGAUGGUCGACUCCGCGGCUGCUGCCGCUGGCGCUGGGCGCGGGGGAGGCGCAAGCCACGCGCAGCGAUUCGCGCCGCAGCCGCACGCUCCUUCGGCGCAGAUGUCCGCCGCGCACCAGCACCAGUUGCGCCAGCAGGCGUCUCCGCAACCCCCCGCUGCCCCCCCGGCGCUCCAUUCGCGCGGGGCCCCUCCCCCAGUGCGCGGACACCGCCCGCGGAUGCGGUCCAUGGGACAAUUGGCGGAUCUGCUCCCUGCGGACAGAGGGGGAUUCGGGGGCGCAGGGGGCGGGGGUUUCGCGGGGGAUGGCGCAUCAGCUUUGGGGGAUGGAUUGGGGGUGGAUAGGCUUGAUCUGGAAGGGGAGCAAGGGGGAAGUGGCGGAGGUGGCGGAUGGGGAAGUAGCGUGGAGGCGGGUAGCGGCCAGGUGUAUUUAAGAUCCAAUACUGGUUCCGGGCAUGCAUUUUUUAGGUCGAACAGUGGCAGUGGUAACAGAAUGGACGGCCUUCCCCCUGUUGCGACGGCAAAGCCGCCGCGCGCACUGCGGAGGGUCAGCAGCGAGUGGGGCGAGCGGGGCGGGGAGGGGGAAGAGGGAAGAAGGCUCAGCGCAGGGGCAGCGGGGGUGAUGGGCGGAGGAGGGGGGAUGGGCGGAGUGCUCAGAUCCGCCAGUGGGGGGAGUAAUGACAGAAGGCCUGUGGGGGGAGGUCCGGGAGGAGCGGGGUCAGGAGCGGGGAUGGGAGGAGGACUGGUGCGGGGAAGGGGACAGUACGGGUCAGUGGUGGAGAGGGGGGUGCGGCAUCAGCAUCACCGCACCAUGUCCCUUGAUAGCUCCGCGCUCAUGCAAGGCGGAAUGGCCGCAGGGGCGGCGCUAGGAGCAGGGGGAGGCGCGGCAGGGGGAGCACCAGGGGGAGGGGUGGGCGGAGUGGGCGGAUUCGGGGCAGCAGCGGGGGCAGCAGGAAUGGGCGGAGUGGGGGGGGGGAUAGUGUCCCGGGCAGUAGCAGCAGUGGGACCGAGUCCGCGGACGCCUGAGGGGGAGGAUGAAGCGACGAGGGUGCUGGAGCGGGAGUGGCAGAUGGGGUGGGAGCAGGAGCGGGAGGAGGACGAAGGGGGUCUGCCUGGGCUUGUAGGGCCGGCUGGGGAGCAUGCAGUUGGCGGUGGGAGGGAGUAUUCUCCUGUUAGCAGCAGUGGGUAUUCACCUGCGAACGCACUGGAGCAGCACAAGCAGCAGCAGCAGCACCCACAGGUGAAUCACCCCUCCAUCCAGCACCAGCAGCACCCCCAGCAGCAGCAGCAGGGGGCAGCCAUAGCAGAGGCGGCGGAGGAGCGGAGGGGGUGGGUGGGGCCGCGGCGGCACCGAGUGGGGAUGGACGCGGUGUUCCGCGCGUUUGUGCUGGGGCAGCCGUACAGCGACAUCGCGGAGCAGUUUGAGGUGCGGCGCCACGAGGUGGUGGCCAUGGGCGAGUUCAGUGUCGUGCGCGUGUGCCGCGAGGUGGAGACGGGCGUCAUGCUGGCGUGCAAGACCAUCGAGAAGGAUUCUAUUCACUCAGCGGAGGAAGCGCGGGACCUGAGGAGGGAGGUGGAGAUGAUGGAGCGAGUGGCAGGGCACUGCAAUGUCGUGCGCCUUCACGCUGUCUUCGAGGACCAUGAGAAUAUUCAUCUCGUGAUGGAGCUCUGUCGAGGAGGAGGCCUCUUUGACUACAUGCGUACCAACGGACCACUCACCGAGCGGGCGGCGGCGUCCGUCUGUUUCCAGCUGCUGUCGGCAUUGGAUCACUGCCACGCGUGCGGUGUGCUGCAUCGUGAUGUGAAGCCGGAGAACGUGCUUCUAGCGAGGGCUGAGGGGGACUUUGGCAGCAUCAAGCUCAUCGAUUUCGGGAUUGCCGCUGAGCACCAACCAGGUAACUAG